UAAUCUUCCUGACAGUUCUGUAAGAAACCAAAACAAAGCUUUAAAAAAAAAAAAAAAAAAAAUUGAAGGCAUUAAAGUUGAGAAGGUCAACAAUUCAAGUUGGAAAGGAAUCCAAAGAACCCAAAUCCUUAACCAUCUCCCAGUCAAACACAAUAUUGAGAGCUUUAUCCAAUUUUUUUAGUGCUUUUGCCAAGAUCCUCUGUGGCUUUUUCCAAUUACCUCUGCAAUGACAUUCUUGUCAUGAAAGCUUAACCAGUGGAGUGGAGUGGAGAGGAGUGGCCCAUCAGGAGGAAUUCAGGAUCCUCAAAUCUAUAUUUUCCGUACAUAUGGCAGAAAAGUGGUAGGUGUGAUGGCGAGAAUUCCUGAUAUCUAACAUUCAAACCAAGCAUAGCCUUCCUGGACCAAACUGAACUUCCCUACCUGGACUAAUGCCGGCACCAGAGCUCCACAUCCGGCAAAGCUCAAACCCAACCCAGAGAGACUUUUCUCAGAAAGAAGCUUUGCCCAGAAUUCAAUUCUAUCUUCUCUCUCUUUGCUUGUUUAGUAGGAGAGAAGCAGAAAGAAGCUUGGAGUUUCGAUUUUAAUGGCGGACCUCAAGGAACGCCUCCUUCCGCCGAGACCCAGUUCGUUUUCAAUCCUCCCCGAAAGAUCCUCUUCACGUAAGCUUUUGCAGGGAUUGGAUUUCUUGGGGUUGAAGAAGCGUGGACAAGGCCUCAAGUCAUGGAUUCGUGUCGACACUAGUGGGAAUUCUCAGAUGAUUGAGGCCGACAAAUUCACCAUAAUGCGACGAUGUGAUCUCCCUGCGCGAGAUCUUCGUUUGCUUGACCCAUUAUUCGUUUACCCAUCUACGAUUCUCGGAAGAGAGAAGGCCAUAGUCGUCAAUCUCGAGCAGAUUCGAUGUGUAAUUACGGCCAAUGAAGUCUUACUCUUGAAUUCGCUCGAUAGUUGUGUGUUGCGUUAUGUAACUGAGCUUCAGCGGCGUUUGACGAUCCCUGCGGUAGGUGAGGUUGGGCAAUCUGAUGGGUCUGAUUUGAAUCGUAGUAGUAGUGAAAGAAAGAAUUUGCCGGAUUACCUGCCCUUCGAAUUUAGGGCCCUUGAAGUGGCUCUGGACGCUGCUUGUACCUUUCUGGAUGCUCAGGCUUCAGAGUUAGAGAUAGAAGCAUAUCCUUUGUUAGAUGAACUGACUUCGAAUAUCAGUAGAUUGAAAUUGGAAAAUGCACGUCGCCUGAAGAGUAGACUAGUUGCUUUGACGCGGAGAGUUCAGAAGGUUAGGGAUGAGAUAGAACAGUUAAUGGAUGAUGAUGGGGAUAUGGCUGAAAUGUAUUUAACUGAGAAGAAAAUGCGGAUGGAGUCAUCAUUCUGUGGUGAUCAGUCCUUGAUGGGAUACAGCUCCAGUGUGGGUACACGUUCAGUUUCUGCUCCAGUUUCUCCUGUUUCUUCACCUCCUGAUGGCAGGAAGCUCGAGAGGAGCUUGAGCACCGCAAGAAGCAGGCAUGAUAGCAUGAGGAGUUCAGACACCACCAAUGGGAACAUAGAAGAGCUAGAGAUGUUGUUAGAGGCAUACUUUGUGGUCAUUGACAGUACCCUCAACAAGCUGACAUCUCUGAAGGAGUACAUAGAUGAUACAGAGGACUUCAUCAACAUUCAGUUGGAUAACGUCCGGAACCAGUUGAUUCAAUUUGAGUUGUUGCUUACAACUGCAACAUUUGUAGUUGCAAUCUGUGGUGUGGUAGCAGGGGUCCUUGGUAUGAAUGUCCCUAUUCCAUUGUAUGAAGAUUAUGGUGCAUACAAGUGGGUCCUUGGAAUCACUGGAGCUAUUGCAGUGAUUAUGUUCUGCACACUUUUUUUGUUCUUCAGGUACAGAAGAAUCCUGUCCUAGUAGGUUGGAGAUGAGAAGAAUUUUGGAAAACUGAAGAUGUACUUCUUAUGCUCUGAAAAUGUAUUUUUUUUUUUUUUUUUCACCAAAAUUGUUCUUACAUGAUAAAUCAUCAUUUCAUUGGGUCAUAGAAAUCUGGUGAUCUUGAGCAUUC